ACAACCAUUUCCCGCCAAAUCUACCCCUCCAACACUGAUCUCGAGUCCCCUCCGCCCCCCAAAAAAACCCUUCAACUGCCAAUUCGUGUUCCCGCCAAAUCUCUCUCUCUCUCUCUCUCCAGCCAUGGCAUCCGAUUCUUCUCCGGCCAAUCUCCAUGGUAGACCUUCCUCUCCCGAUGAUUCGAUCUCGAGUCCAAUUGGCAACACAUUCUCCUCUCCCGGCCACGCCACAGGCCGGAAGCGCGGCCGCCGAUCGUCCGCCGCCACACCAACUCCACCCCCUCCCCAUCACUCCCGAUUCGCCGCCGACGCUGUUACCCCUACGCCCUCCACCUCCCGUCGAAGAGGAAGAAGUGCUUCCAUGUCCUCUCCUGCUCCUCCUCCCGCAGCCGCCGCCGCCACCCCUUCUUCUGCCGACGAAGCCCCUCCUUCCUCCGAUGGCGACGAUGCUGACGAUGCCCCCCCUCCGAUGUUCGUUUGGGGCACCAACAUUAGCGUUCAGGAUGUCAAUGCCUCUAUUUUACGCUUUUUGAGGCAUUUUCGUGAAAACCCUUCUCACACUGAGGGAAAGUACAUGAGGGCCAUUCAUCAUGUGAUUGAUGUUGAGGGAGAUUCACUCGAUGUUGAUGCACACAAUGUGUUUGAUUACGAUACUGAUUUGUAUACCAAAAUGGUUAGGUACCCUCUCGAAGUUCUUGCUAUUUUUGAUAUUGUGCUUAUGGAUAUGGUUAGUCGAAUCAACCCCUUGUUUGAAAACCACAUUCAAGCUCGCAUUUUCAAUCUCAAGACCUCUACAUCCAUGAGAAAUCUUAACCCUUCUGAUAUUGAGAAGAUGAUAUGUUUGAAAGGAAUGAUUAUUCGGAGUAGUUCAAUUAUACCCGAAAUCCGAGAAGCAAUUUUUAGAUGCCUUGUAUGUGGAUACUAUUCUGACCCCAUUGUUGUGGAUCGAGGUCGAAUUAAUGAGCCUACUGUGUGUGGAAAGCAAGAAUGUCUUGCCAAGAAUUCCAUGACACUUGUGCACAACCGAUGCAGGUUUGCUGAUAAACAGAUUGUUAGACUACAAGAGACACCAGAUGAGAUCCCUGAGGGAGGGACACCACACACAGUGAGCUUGUUGACACAUGACAAGCUGGUUGAUGCUGGGAAGCCAGGUGACAGAGUUGAGGUCACUGGGAUUUAUAGGGCCAUGAGUGUCAGGGUCGGUCCAACACAGAGAACAGUGAAAUCUUUAUUCAAGACUUACAUAGACUGUCUUCAUUUAAGAAAAACGGACAAGUCAAAAAUGCAGAAAGAGGAUGCUAUGGAAAUUGAAAAUGGCUCAAGUAGAAAUGAAGAAGACAACCCUGUUGACUAUGAGGACAAGGUGGAGAAACUGAGAGAGCUGUCAAGGUUGCCUGAUAUAUAUGAGAGGCUAACUAGGUCUUUGGCACCAAACAUAUGGGAGCUCGAGGAUGUGAAAAAAGGCCUUCUAUGCCAGCUUUUCGGUGGGAAUGCAUUGAAGUUGACCUCUGGGGCUAGCUUUCGUGGUGACAUCAACAUUCUCCUUGUUGGUGACCCUGGAACCAGCAAAUCUCAGCUGCUCCAAUAUAUACACAAGCUAUCUCCUCGUGGCAUUUACACCAGUGGAAGAGGAAGCUCUGCUGUUGGAUUGACUGCUUAUGUUACUAAAGAUCCCGAGAGUGGAGAGACUGUUUUGGAGAGUGGAGCCCUGGUUCUGAGUGAUAGAGGCAUUUGCUGUAUUGACGAAUUUGACAAAAUGUCUGACAGUGCAAGGAGCAUGUUACAUGAGGUGAUGGAACAACAAACUGUUUCAAUAGCAAAAGCAGGUAUAAUUGCUUCACUAAAUGCUAGAACAUCAGUAUUGGCUUGUGCAAAUCCAAGUGGCUCACGAUACAAUCCCCGCUUGUCAGUAAUUGACAAUAUACACCUUCCUCCUACAUUGCUGUCCAGGUUUGAUUUGAUUUACUUAAUUCUCGACAAGGCUGAUGAACAGACAGACAGGCGCCUUGCAAAACAUAUUGUUGCAUUACACUUCGAGAAUCCUGAGACUUCACAAGAGGAUGCCUUGGACCUUCCGACAUUAACUGCAUAUGUGAGUUAUGCCAGAAAUCAUAUACACCCACAGUUAUCUGAUGAAGCUGCAGAACAGUUGACACGAGGUUAUGUUGAGAUGAGAAGAAGAGGAAACUUCCCAGGCAGUAGCAAAAAGGUGAUAACAGCAACGCCUAGGCAAAUUGAGAGUCUGAUACGUCUCAGUGAAGCAUUGGCUCGGAUUCGCUUCUCAGAAUUGGUGGAGAAGAAAGAUGUGAUAGAGGCUUUUCGUCUUCUGGAAGUUGCAUUGCAACAGUCUGCAACAGAUCACUCCACUGGAACCAUUGAUAUGGAUCUCAUUACAACUGGGGUCUCUGCAAGUGAAAGGAUGAGAAGGGAAAAUCUGUUAUCCGCAACUCGCAACAUAAUUAUGGAGAAGAUGCAGAUUGGAGGGUCCUCUACUCGGUUCUUGGAGUUACUGGAAGAGUUGAAGAAGCAAAGUUCCGGUGCUGAAGUCCACCUUAGUGAUCUACGAAAUGCACUUUCUACCCUUGCAAGUGAGGGAUUUGUUACUGUUCAUAGUGACAGCGUAAAAAGAAUAUGAUGAAGACAGCAGAUGAUCAGAGUGGGGGCGAGUUGACAUAAUUGAUUUUAUUGCAAAGUUCACAAUUUACGGUAGACCUGUUAUGAGAGCAGUGAAAGAAGCUAUUGCUGCUGUGCACAAGUUUUAAUUUGCAGCAGAAUGAGAAAGUUCCACCUUGGGGCCUAAGACAAAUGUUAUCAAGCCUCAGAAUUACAUGCAACUUGUAAAUGACUCUUUGCUGCGAUUUGUUUAGUAGUUGAAUAUGGUUAAUGUACUGGUUAUUCUUGAUGGUUGAGUAGAGAGUUCUGUCUGUUAAUCUCCUGGAA